ACAGAAUUUAUGUAUUCCCUCUUUGAAGGUUUAAAGAAACUGACAAAAAUCUUUUACAAAGAAUUUGAACCACUGCAAAGAAAAUUGAAUAAAGAAAAAGUGAACUAUAGAAGGAAUUUUGGUGGCGGAGGGGAAAAGGGCGACUCAAAUGGCGGUUGCAAACGCCGCUCACGGUGGCUAUUUUCCCUCCAAAAUUCAUUCUUUGCCACCACCGCUCAAAGUAACCGGCCAAAUCAAACAGCCUUCGCCACCCCCACCGAUAUAUAUAUCCACUAAUCCAUCCCACGUGAAUCUGCAUCAUCUAAAAGACCUCUACACCUUCUGCAACCACUCCUGCCACCGCUUCCCUAUCGUGGACGCCACGGGCAGAGUCGAGGCCGUUGAUGCUGGCAAGCUCCGUACCGCCAUUUUCCACAGCUCCGUCGUCGUUUCGGUCUUCACCAAGCCCGAAUUUUUAACAACGCAUUCUUCUCCAGUGGAAGUGUCAAAUUUGAUGGGCAUUGGUGGAGACUGGAUCAAAAGAGUGACGCCAGUGACGCCUGAUAAUGGGCAGUUGAUAGGGUUUGGUCGCGCUGUUUCGGAUUUUGGAUUGACUGCUUCUAUCUAUGAUGUCAUGGUUCUGCCUGCUCUACAAGGUAGAGGAAUUGGCCGAAUGAUAGUUCAGAAAAUUGUAAGAAUGCUGACGAACAGAGACAUAUAUGAUAUAGCUGCUCUCUGCUCCGAUAACGAAAGGUUAUUCUUUAGAGCAUGUGGAUUUGGAGACGAUAUAUUGGGAUCGACCACAAUGAUGUACACAAGGAAUUCUAGCUAUUCCAUUGAUGAGGAGACAUUAGCCAUUGGUAGAAAGCAAUUGUUAGUCCCCCCUCUAAGAAAACUCUUAAAAUCAUAAUCCGUUCGCCAAUCCUCAUUAUGAUGCCAUGUUGUGCUGCCAUUGAUUCCGUCCUUGAGCAACUUAAAUGGAAUAUGAUGCUUUCAUUAGUAUUGGGCCGAUCAAAAUUUCAUCUUGAAAUUUGGCGUGAUCAAGAUUUCACCUUCUAGGCAAUCCAAUGUGAAAGACAUGGCAGUAAAAAUGUUAGGCCUCUGUUAAUAAUUUUGCAAUGUUUAUGCACAAAUUUGUGGAGAAGUUACUGUUCAUGAGACAUACUCUUUUAGCAUGUAUGUUAUGGUGGACUGCAUAUUAUUGGACAGUUGAAGAAAGAAAAACAAACCUAAAAUUUGGUUAA